AUGGUGACGGCCGGGCUGGCGUACCCGGCUCAGGUUAAAUUCAAGGAGCAGCAGAGUGCUCACACUGGAGAAAGCCUUCACGAGUGUAGUCAGUGUGAAAAGUCCUUCAUCUCCAAGAAAAGACUUCUUGAGCACCAGAGAAUCCACACUGGAGAAAGACUUUAUAAGUACAGCGAGUGUGAGAAGUCCUUUGUCUACAAAAGCAGACUUCUUGAGCACCAGAGAGUCCACACUGGAGGAAAGCCUCACGAGUGUAGCAAAUGUGGGAAGUUCUUUAAGUACAAAUCUAGCCUUAAUCAACACUGGAAAGUUCACACUGGAGAAAGGCCUCAUCAGUGCAGUGAAUGCGGGAAGUCCUUCAUCUAUAAAAAGAGACUUCUUGAACACCAGAGAAUCCACACUAGAGAAGGGCUUUACAAGUGCAGUGAGUGUGGGAAGUCUUUCUUCUACAAAAGAAUACUUCUAAGGCACCAGAGAAUCCACACUGGUGGAAAGCCUCAUGAGUGUAACGAAUGUGGGAAGGUCUUUAGACACAGACCCAGUCUUCUUCAUCACUGGAAAAUUCAUACUAGAGAAAGGCCUUAUAAAUGCAGUGAAUGUGGGAAGUCCUUCAUCCAUAAAAUGAGACUUCUCGAGCACCAGAGAAUCCACACUGGAGAUAGGCCUUAUAAGUGCAGUGAGUGUGAGAAGUCCUUUGUCUACAAAAGCAGACUUUUUGAGCACCAGAGAGUCCACACUGGAGAAAAGCCUUUUGAAUGCAGCCAGUGUGGGAAGUUCUUCGGACACAGCUCCACCCUCCUUAAACACCAGAAGGUUCACUCUGGAGAAAAGCCAUAUGAAUGUAAUGAAUGUGGGAAGUUCUUUAGACACUGA